UGCAUCCAAAGUGACAGGGUUGACCAAAUUACUCAACUUUUUCUUCACUUUACCACCCUUCCAUUUACUCAAAAUGAACGGCACUGAGGGCAACAACUUCUACAUCCCCAUGUCCAACAAGACUGGGCUUGUAAGGAGUCCUUUUCUAUACCCUCAGUACUACUUGGCAGAUCCAUGGCAAUUCUAUCUGCUUGCUGUCUACAUGUUCUUCCUGAUCUGCUUUGGAUUCCCCAUCAAUGGUCUGACCCUGUACGUCACAGCCACAAACAAGAAGCUCCAGCAACCUCUGAACUUCAUUCUGGUCAACUUGGCUCUGGCUGGAUUGAUCAUGGUCCUCUUUGGAUUCACCAUCACCAUUACAUCUGCUGUCAAUGGCUACUUCAUCUGGGGACCAUUGGGCUGUGCUAUUGAGGGAUUCAUGGCUACACUUGGAGGUCAGGUGGCUCUGUGGUCUCUGGUGGUGCUGGCAAUUGAGAGAUACAUUGUGGUCUGCAAGCCCAUGGGCAGCUUCAAGUUCAGUGUUGCCCAUGCUGGUGCUGGUGUUGGAUUCACCUGGGUGAUGGCUGCCACCUGCGCUGUUCCCCCACUGGUUGGCUGGUCCAGAUACAUCCCUGAGGGCAUGCAGUGUUCAUGUGGACCUGACUACUAUACUCUGAGUCCAGGCUACAACAAUGACUCAUAUGUCAUAUACAUGUUUGUCUGCCACUUCAUGGUUCCAGUCUUCAUCAUUGCCUUCACUUAUGGAAGCCUUGUCCUCACAGUCAAGGCGGCGGCAGCUUCCCAGCAGGACUCAGCAUCCACCCAGAAAGCUGAGAAGGAAGUGACACGUAUGUGCCUCCUGAUGGUUAUGGGUUUUCUGAUUGCCUGGACCCCCUAUGCCUCUGUUGCUGCUUGGAUCUUCUUCAACAAAGGAGCUGCUUUCACUGCCCAGUUCAUGGCUGUCCCAGCCUUCUUCUCAAAGAGCUCAGCCAUCUUCAACCCAGUCAUCUAUGUGCUGAUGAACAAACAGUUCCGUAACUGCAUGCUGGCUGCUGUAGGCAUAGCAGCCCCUGAGGAUGAGACUUCUGUGUCAACAAGCAAGACAGAAGUGUCUUCUGUGGGCCCUGCAUAGAGACUUCCCUCAUGCUGCACUUCCUGCCCUAUGAUUUCUACCCUUGUCUGAUGCUCUACAAAGACUGCUUUUGAAGACACACUUCUUUCACCAAAUGGACAUUAAACUGUAUUGACCUGUAAUGAUAGGGCUCUGUUGUUCUCUCUAUGCUCACAGACUGUGCCACUUAAUGUAGUUGAGAUUAGACUUGACAUACAUUUUAUACUCCUCCAAAAGAAACAGCUGAUUUGCCUCUUAUAGGUGUUAACAAAUGGAUGAGCCUCAGACUUGCAGAACAGCUCUAAUGUUUGUCUUGAUGGAUCAUGAAAUUGUAUUUUUAUCUUAUGGUGAGGUCAGCAAUUAUUUUGUUGUCAUAAUUUCCUGUAUAUACAGUAUUUUAUAAAGAAAUCUAGUACUAGAUAAAUACAUGCAUGCAUGAAACUACAACUUUUUGUUUAUAUUUGUUUCUUGAUUUCUAGUCCAGAUCAUUAGCACUAAUGUUGCAAAUUCUACACAUUCCUAAUAUAGGCUAGCCAAUUUUGACUUUGUGGCUGUGUUAACUAGUUCACACGCUGGAAAAUGGCGCCGGAAGGAAUGGCAGCAGUUUUACGGGCGCCCAACCAAUUGUGUUAUUAUGUGGGGGUUUUUCGCGAUAUUUGAAAAUGAUUUUGUACAUAACGUUUCUGCAACCAUAUCUUACGGCAGAAAAGAGCUUCGGGAUAUCAGGACAGCGAUCACUCACCUUUUUUUCAACAACAAGCAGGACUCACACGAUAUGCUCCAAACACCCAGCAGGGCUGACAUCCCAGUUAUUCGCAAGAAGAAGCGACGCAGGUACAGAGGACGAAGAGCCGGAUGCCUCGUCCGGACCCGCAGAAGGCGA